AUGCCGCCCGCCGAUGCGGUCCCGGCUGGUCUACACAGUCCUCCGGAAUCCAACUCUGCGCUCAAGGACGGUGGUAGCGACUCAGAGCUUUCUGACCUUGAGCCUGAGCACGAAUCGAAUGAUCCGCUAUUGAACAUUGAACCCGAUCAUAUGUCCGAGGGAAAUGUUCCCGUCUUUCGCCCUACGAUGGAGGAAUUCAAGGACUUCCAGAAAUACCUUAAUGCUGUUAACAAAUGGGGCAUGAAGCAUGGAAUUGUCAAAGUUAUACCCCCUGCAGAAUGGCUUGCGGCGCAACCCCGCCUCGACGAUAUUGUCAAGACUAUCAAGGUCAAGGAGCCAAUCAAACAAGAAAUUAUGGGCACUGGCGGCACUUAUCGACAAGCAAACAUAUUGCAUGGGCGAUCGUAUAACCUUCCUCAGUGGCGCCAGUUGUGUGAGCAAAGUGACCACCAACCGCCCGCAAAGAGAGGGGAGAGAAGAGCCAACCAAGACAAACCCGUGAGGUCUACACCAAGACCCAAGUCAAGCUCUCCGUCCCCGUCUAGCUCCAAGCGGAAAGGUGGUCCUGGACGCCCCAACAAGAAGUCAAAACUUAGCACUGCUCAGAGCGUCAAUGGAGAAGCGACACCUGAUCGUCUGCCAACACCCGUCUCCCCUGGAAUGAAAGGCGAGGAUGAGGAUUCCGUUAAGCUAGAGCCAGAUGAUGACGUCUCCAUGCCCAAAGGUGGAAGACAACCAAAGGCCAUUUCCGUUUCUUCACGCCGCAAGAACAACAGGAGAGAGACUGGUGUCAUUGAUGAAGCUGCCUUCAAAGAUUUCAGGUACGAGCUUGAGUCUGAAGAAUUCAGUCAAGAACGAUGCGAUGAACUCGAGCGUAUCUAUUGGAAGACCCUCACUUAUGCUCCACCACUUUAUGGUGCAGAUAUGCCUGGAACGCUCUUUGAUGACCGAACAUCUACCUGGAACCUCGGCAGACUGGAGAAUAUCCUGGAUGUCCUAGGCACUAAGAUUCCCGGUGUCAAUACUGCCUAUCUCUACCUUGGAAUGUGGAAGGCUACAUUCGCCUGGCAUCUUGAAGAUGUUGAUCUGUAUAGUAUCAACUAUCUUCACUUCGGUGCUCCAAAGCAAUGGUAUAGCAUAUCUCAAGGAGAUGCUCGUCGGUUUGAGGCUGCCAUGAAGACUAUCUGGCCUGCAGACGCAAAGGCAUGCGACCAGUUCCUUCGACAUAAGACCUUUUUGAUCUCGCCGGCACACUUACUAUCACACUACAAUAUCAAGGUCAACAAAGUAGUCAGCCAUCCCGGUGAAUUUGUCAUCACCUUUCCUUACGGAUACCACUCUGGCUAUAAUCUUGGUUACAAUUGCGCUGAAGCUGUCAAUUUUGCCUUGGAGUCAUGGCUAGAGUAUGGCCGCGUAGCCAAGAGAUGCGAUUGCAGCCAAGCACAGGAUAGUGUCUGGAUUGAUGUUCGGGACAUUGAACGCAAGCUCCGGGGUGAGGAGACUGACUAUGAAUCUACCGACGAUGAGGAAGAAGAGGAUGAGGACGAUGACGAGCAAGACACAAAACCUACGGAUCUUCCUACUCCUCCCGAAAGCAGUGGUGAUAUCAAGCCAAAGGCUCCCAAGAAAAAGCGCAAGCGCCCAACGAACGACAAGACUGACAAUGCCAACGUCAAGAGAAUCCGUGUCCGCAUCAAGGCACCGGCCAAAGAGCCGUGUAUCUUGUGCCCGAACGAUAUUCCUUCGGAGCAGCUUUUGCCCACUGAAGACGGUCAAGAAGCUCAUCGUCUAUGUGCCCAGUACAUCCCAGAGACUAGCAUCGAAACUGGCGACAAAGAGACGGUCACUGAUGUCAAGUACAUCAACAAAGCUCGUUUGGAGCUCAAGUGCAACUACUGUCGAUCCAAGAAGGGUGCUUGCUUUCAAUGCUCACGAAAGAAGUGUACAAGAGCAUACCAUGCAACUUGUGCGGCUGCCGCCGGUGUUUUUGUUGAACAAGGCGAGAUGGCAGUCUUUGGCGAGGAUGGAAAGGAGUACAAGGACUGGGGCAUCGAAUUCAGUUGUCGCUUCCAUCGUACCAAGCGUGACAAGAAGUUGGAUGGCGAUUAUCUCGGCGAUGAUAAGCGCAUAUUGAAGGCUGCAUUUGAGUUGAAGCAAGGUGAAGUUUGCCAGAUGCAAUAUUUCAGAGGCGACAUCUUUGCUGGAGCAGUCGUUGAGAAUCGCCGCGAUGAAGAAACCCUGCUUCUUGAUAUACUUCCAAGAGGCGAUCGUGUUGAAGUCGAGUACAAAUGGCUACUUCUUCCCGACCCCACCGACUUCCACCUACAGAAGCCAUCUGCAACGGCCAUCCCAAUGCCGAAGUCUUUCAAGGCUAAGGAGUCACUAAACACCAGCAAGCGACAGGUCGACGAUCUACCACGAGCGGAAGACAAAUUCGGAGAGGGAUUCACUUGGGCAGAAUUCAAGUCGGAGAACAUUCCCCGUAAUCCUUUCCAAGUCAAGGUGGACCUUGCAACGAAAGAGAAUCAAGUAUGGUACUACCUUGGUAAGAAUUCUACGGAAGCAAAGGCACAAUUCACGGAGGAUCCGAAGAAACCACGCUUCAACCCCAAGGGCCUUUUCUUGGAAACACUCUCUAAGCUUGUUACGACACUGCCUCCUCGACCUUCCUAUCCAGCAUCCUUCCCUGCAAGCGCGAGCCAAAAUCUGUCCAAUGUAUCAAAGACACAAUAUCGGCCAACACAGCCAACUCCGACGCCUUCACGGCCGGAGAAGCCUUAUGUAUACAAGCCUCGCGAAAAUCUUGGUGCUUAUCGCGUUGACACACAAGCUUACCAGUCUCAGCAAAAAUUCCUCCAGCGGUCAACCCCAUACACCUUUGGCACCGACCCUCGAUGGCAAACCCCGACAAGCUCGCCCGCGGCUACUACACCGCCUGCUCGUACGGCCUCUGCGCAACCGCUCGAUCAAAAGCCAUAUGUUCAUCCGCAACCUGCGAACAAACCAGUCACUACCUCUUACGGUCCUCAGACCACAACUUCGGCUUUGAUGGCUCCGCCACGUACGUUGUAUCAAGCUUAUGCUCCUCCAAUGCCACUGAAGCCAAGCAAUCCGUUCAGUAGUAGAUCACAAAACUCGAGGCCAAGUCCAUUUGCUAAAUACACGUAUCUACAAAAGGAACACAACAGAUCUCCACUGGAGUACAAGAGUCCGUAUAGACCUGGCGGUGGUUUCAUGAACGGAUACCAAGGCAGCCUUGAAAAGCACAUCGAGCAGCUCAAGCACAACAUGUCUACCAAAGGUUCUAGCUCUCUCUUGUCAACGCUGACUUAUGGUGGUGGCUCGAGAACUUCAUAUCCUUCUACAUCAUCGAUGCCAAGCGCACCAUAUCAACCCGCCUCGAGCUAUGGAACGUAUGCUUCGCCACCAGCAUCUUCAGUUAAAGGACCAUCCAUGCAAGUGUCAAAUGGGGCCCAGAAUUCGCCCAGCUUCGAGAAGAACGACGCUGGAUUACACCCAGCCAUUCGACAGGAGUAUAGCACGAUGUUUCAUCACCAGUACCAGCCUCAACACCGUCCUGCAAUGCAGUACCAGAGCGCUGUAAUGCAACCUCCCGCAAUGUACGAACGACCUCAACUGCAGCAGCCACAUCAGCACACUACACCGUACCAGGCACCUGGUCCUCAGUCUGUUAAUACGUCUGGUGCACGUCCUGUUACUCAACAGCCUCCGAUGCAUCAUACUGCAACUCAACCUCAAUACCAGUAUGCGCCGGCAGUAUCACAGCCUAUGCCGACUCAGUACAAUGUACAGUAUGCGUCUUCGGGACACCCGCAAGGGAGCUAUCAGGCUAGUUCUUCAUCACCGUUCCAGGCUCCUUAUCAAGAGAACAAGCCACUCUAUGCACACCAGCAAUAUUUCCAAAACCAGAAGCCCACAAUCCAGGCACAAAUACCUCCUCCGCAGGUUGAGCCGCAUCUCCGUGACUUUCCAGAUGUGCCUGCAGAUUCCACGUCAAUAGUGGAGAAGAUGCUGAGGGAUUUAAAGAAGCUACCAGGAACGGCUUAG